AUGCUGUUUUUGAAAAAAGUAGUUGCUGCUGGUGAAACGCACGAAAGAGUCUCUGCUAAACAAACUGAAGAACACCCAGAAGAUGUCACCACGACAUCGAAUGAACCUACAAACGAAGAUGACAGUGUGACUACAAUGACACAACUUGACAAUGACAGUCAGAAGGACAAACAAAAUCUGCCCCCCCCCGCCAAAACGCAGAGCACCAGCCAAAAGAAAUUUUAA